AUGUGCACUAAUCUGCUCAAUUCUUUAUCUUUCUGUCUUCAGUGCAAGGAGUUCACCUUCCACACAGGCUAUGAGGCGCUCAUACAGCGGCUGUUGGAUGGGAGGAAGAUGUGUAAAGAUGUGGAGGAUUUGCUCAAACAGAGAGCACAAGCAGAAGAGAGAUAUGGGAAAGAGCUGAUUCAAAUUGCCCGAAAAGCAGGAGGACAAACAGAAAUCAACACACUGAAGGCAGCAUUUGAGAGGCUCAAGCAACAAAUUGAAAGUGUUGGAAAUUCUCAUAUCCAGCUGGCAGUAAUGCUGAAGGAUGAACUGAAAGGGAUAGAGGCGUUCCGAGAAAGACAGAAGGAGCAAAGAAAAAAGUACGAAUCUGCAAUGGAGCACGUGCACAAGAGCAAACUCUCCUUUUAUAAGAGAACAAUGGAGUCAAAGAAGACCUACGAACAGAAGUGCAAGGAGGCGGAUGAGGCUGAGCAGUCCUUUGAACGGACAAGUGCUACAGGCAACCAAAAGCAAACAGAAAAGAGUCAGAACAAAGCCAAGCAAUGCAGAGAUGCAGCAAAUGAAGCAGAGAAAGUGUACAAACAGAACAUUGAGCAGCUGGAUAAGGUCAGGACAGAGUGGGAACAGGAACAUAUCAAAACCUGCGAGGUCUUCCAGCUCCAGGAGUGCGACCGCAUUGCCGUCCUCCGCAACUCACUGUGGGUUCAUUGCAACCAUCUCUCCAUGCAGUGCGUGAAGGAUGAUGAGCUGUACGAAGAGGUUCGCGUAAGCUUGGAGGACUGCAUUGUAGAGUCAGACAUAGACUACUUCAUUAAGACUAAAAUGACAGGAACCCAACCUCCAGAUGCAAUAGGAUACGAGAGCUACUACAGCCGAGAACCAAACAGAGGCAAUAGCAGCCCUACCCAGUCUUGUGGGAUGAUGAAGAGAUUCUCUGAACUACUUCAUGGAAGCAGCAAAAACAACACAGAAAGUGUCACUCCGUCAGCCCCUCCUCUUGAGAAAACAGACGGAGUCUAUGCAUCCAUUUUUGGAAAUGAACAAGCUGGAAUCACACCAUCACAGGACUACAGAGUGCUUUAUGACUACACAGCCCAGAACAUGGAUGAACUGGACAUCAGUGAAGGAGACAUUGUAAUUGUCAUCGAAGAAAAUGAGGAUGGCUGGUGGACAGCAGAAAGGAAUGGGCAGCGUGGCUUUGUGCCAGGGUCUUACCUCGAAAAGCUCUGA